CAAAUUAAACAGAAGAGUAAUAAGGGAUGUUUUUUUUUUUAAAAAUACAAGCUUUCUAUAGUAGGUUUUUCUUGUAAAGGCUACACACAUCUCGAGAAUCUGCUCACACACCGCCACCGCCCACCGGCAGUACACUAGCCCAGCGACCAUCGCCCUCCGGAUUUCAUCGAGCAUUGACAAUGGCUACGGUCAGAAAUCUGAAAAUCAAGACAUCUACUUGCAAACGCAUACUGAAGGAUCUCCAUUCCUAUGAGAAAGAGGUUGAGAGAGAAGCUGCUAAGACUGUUGAUAUGAAGGAGAAAGGUGCCGAUCCCUAUGACCUCAAACAACAGUUGAUUGUCCUAGGCUUGAAGAUGGAAAGCAGUAUAAAGGAUGAACUCUACUCUGACAUUUUCGAUAUGUCAAAUCUUCAAUCAAGUCUUAGGCUGACUACCAAUUCCGGAAACAAUGAUUCACAUGAGAGCGAGUGGUGCGACGUGUGGAGUGAUGAUGGAGAUUUGUGCCAUGAUUCUACUGAUAAACUGGAUAAAACAUCUGAAAUGGACAGGGAAUGGCAGAGGCGGCAUGACCAAUUCCACACUGUCGGAUACCGUGAUGGUCUUAUGGCAGGGAAAGAAGCUUCAGUUCAAGAGGGAUUUAAUGUUGGUUUUACAGACUCUGUGUAUGUUGGUUACAACUGGGGUCUUGUCAGAGGUAUCACUAGCGCUUUGGCCUCUCUUCCCAAUGGCUUAGUAGAAAGAAUGGUUGAUACAAAGGAAAUCCAGAAUAAGUUCCAGCACUUACAUGAGUCUGUGCAAUCUCGUUCAACAGUGGAAAUGCUAAAGGUGUUCCGUGAUUAUCUGACAAAGAAAGCGGAAGAGAGUGCUAAAAAUGACAACUCUAGCUCCUGCUUGGCUGAUUCCAGCGACCUCAGUUCCAAUGACAGUCUUCUUGAGAAUUACCAGAAAGAGCUUCAAUUACUUAUUGAUGAAUCAGGGCUCAAAUUGCACUUAGAUACAAAGAAGUAGCUUUUUCUUUUCCUGCUUAGCUCAUUGAAGUCACUUCUAGUUUUCAUCACAAUCCAUGAAAAUUGCAUUCAAAAAGAGAAAAAAAACAGUACACUUGAAUGCAUAGUUUGUACAUAGUAUAUUUCUAUUUUCCAACAUUUUAUGCGUGGUUUAGUUAAACAUGUAUUGUACUCUGAUGAGAAAUUACUUUUUCCGCCUUCUACUGUCUUUUUCCUUUCUUUUAUCCCAA